CACGACUGAGAUACCCAAUGACCAUUACAUACCUUCUGCACCUUGGAUUUCAUAAACAUGAAAACUCCCACUCAGUUAUUCUGUCGCAAUAUAGUAAAGGUAAUUAGCAUGGAACGCAUUGAUUACAAAACAGGAAGUUGACGAGUCACUCUGUCCAAAAUAAAUCUUUCAGUCAUGCUUUUGAUAAUUGGCAAGAAUUCCUGGGACAUGAAGGAGUUGAGUAAUUUCCCUGUUCUCUAUUUACAUCAUUGUGGUAUUAUUCGUGGGAUUGUUUUGUGAGGUCCAGGCUAUAUAAGUGUGAAAUCAAACACUGUGACCAGUACAUCUUCAGCCAUGUAUAGAUGUAAAAUGAAAACCAUCCUCUUUGUUUUUGCUGCAGUCCACGUCUUCUACACCUCUGCGCAAUCAUGUGCAAGUUCAACCUUCCCAAUUGUUGAAAAUGCUACAAUUGCACAGGUGAAUGUGGACUCCUCAAACAGCAACCUCUUUGCUGUUACAAGAUGUGAAGUUCUCUACGAGGCUAAUUUAGGAGAACGCCUAUUCCUGGUGGUAAUAGUUAUCGAUAUCCAGGGAACUGUGUGUCUGAACAACUCCGGUAUCGAUCCAUCAAUCUGUGACCUGAUACCCAUCACGAAUGCUGAAACUGCUACGUGUACAAGCACAAUCUCACUGCGGGCGGGCUUAGUUCAAAAUGUUCAAGUCCAGUGCUUUAACACAAACGUGACAACACCAGCUAUUACCCCGACCACACCGGUGACCACACCGAGCAUUUUAGUUACCACACUGGACACCACAGACAGCACUUUAGUCACCACACUGACCACACUGGACACCACAGACAGCACUUUAGUUACCACACCGACCACACUGGACACCACAGACAGCACUUUAGUUACCACACCGACCACACUGGACACCACAGACAGCACUUUAGUUACCACUCCGACCACACUGGACACCACAGACAGCACUUUAGUUACCACUCCGACCACACUGGACACCACAGAGAGCACUUUAGUUACCACACUGACCACUGGACACCACAGACAGCACUUUAGUUACCACUCCGACCACAACUGCGACCACACCAACUACCACGACCACCACACCAACCACGACCACCACAACAACCAAAAAACCCAGAAAACGACCAUCAUCUUCAUCAUCAUCAUCAUCAUCAUCAUCAUCAUCAUCAUCAUCCGAAAGCAAUGAACGAUCAAGGAGAUGCACGAGAAAGAACUAUGGCCGAAGGUUUUGCAGGAGAAGUUCUGGCCACCGGAGGAGGAGGGGAUUUUCGAGCAGGCAGAAGAAAAAUAACAGGCAAAGGAGUCUAACCAGAGUUAUUCGUUUUGCUCCGACUGCAGCUCUCAAGACAGAAGAGAAUCAAGAGUAAA